AUGCUGCAUUUGCAUCAAACCCCUGUCUACGAACAAAAUUCCUGGUCCCUACUAUUGAAUGCCUCACUAAACAAUGAAACUAAACUCUUUUGGCAACUGGUCUCCGACUCAAUGAAAAAUAGUUCCUCAGCCCCCAGCUGUGUCAUUGCAGCUCAGGUUUGGGAGAACCACUUCAGAAAUAUAUUUAUGGAAAAUCCAAACCUCCCUUCCAGCUUACAGGAGGAUGACAGGGCAGAAUUGUCACUGCUCCCUAAUUGGAGGCCGGUUACUGUGGAGGAAGUCCAUACAUUAAUUGGGAAUCUGAAGAGUGGAAAGGCUCCGGGGAAAGACUUUAUCCCAGCUGAGUUGAUUACAUCAAACCAGCACUGGUGGGCUCCGCUUCUGGCAGCACUCUUUACGGUAGUAAAUGACUCGGGUAAGGUACCAUAUAGCUGGAAACAUGCUAUAGUAGUUCCAGUCUUUAAGAGAGGCCACCCAAAUGUACCUUCCAAUUACAGGCCUAUUAGCCUGCUCUCAAUAACUGGGAAACUGUAUGCCCGUUUCCUCAGUAGCAAACUGACAACUUUUCUAAAUGAACAUAAUAUACUAUCUGAAGCCCAGGCAGCUUUUCGUGAGAACCAUUCAACAACAGACCACUGUCUAAUGCUGUCCUUCCUAGCUGAGAAGUAUACUAUGCCUCUACAGGGUAAACUCUUCGUGGCCUUCAUGGAUCUGAAAUCAGCGUUUGACUCCAUCCCCAGAUCCCAGCUAUGGUCCAAAUUGAGUCUGAUUUUGCAGGACAAACGACUUCUCUUUCUUAUAAAAGCCCUGUACAAUGGAACCAAACUGGAGGUCCGAUGCGGUUGA